AUGACUGUCAUCAAGGACAGUGUCGAUGACGUGCAGCCGUCACACGUACCACCACCAACGAUCCUAAACAGAACUUCUUCGACCGCUGAAGUGUCCGCACCACCUCCUUAUGCUAGCAGAGAUAUUGAGCUGGCGGAGACUAACGCGGAUGACAGUGAAGGCCCUUUGUAUGCCGCCAAUCCCGAUUCAGUAGCCCUUUCUAAUGAGAACGAUUCGAGCUAUAGUAAUCUUCGUAAUCUGCAUGUUCCUCCUCGCUCUUCACCUCCGCGCUGGAUCCGCGAAGAAGAAACACUAGCUCAUACACGAUGGUCUGGCAUGGGCCAACAUAACUGCAUCAAAGUGAUGUCUCCGCUAUGGCACGCCCGGAGGCGAACAUGGCUUGCCCAGAAUAUUGCACUCGACGUGGAUACUUCGGCACACAUGAAACGCCGGUUUUACGGUGAUUGGAUAGUCGAGUCCAACGAGCCGAGCUGUAAGACGCUGUGGGAGAAUUUCCAGGAUAAAGGAUAUGUAGCGAAAGGUUCGAUGCGCCGUCGUAUCGAAGCCCAUAUGGGGAAUCACCAGCCGCCAUGGGAUAAUUGGCGAGAGAUGUGCUCUACUACCCCGCGGACUAUGAUGGGCAUCGUUUCGAUCCUACCAUCUCUCUUUGUAUAUCUUACAGUACAGUCUCUUCAAGGAAAUUCACGAAUUUCUGCUAUCUUUCGUGACGAUGGGAGGGAGCAUUGGCACGGUCCGAUUUCUCCGAGAUCACGUGUUGCAUUGCCGUAG